AUGUCUUCGUUCAUCACCACAAUGUCCGUACCUGCUACCCCUCCUACUGCUCAGUUUUCAUCUCGCGGAGAGCAAGCCUCUCAAUCGCGAUCCAACCCCUCCGUCUCCAUCAGCCCUUCUCAAUAUCAGACCACUCGCACUUCCCACCUUCCCCUCCUGGAACCUCCCUCUUAUCUGUCGCCGGCAGUACGCGCGCUCAAACAAGGCUGUCUUGGACUAACACCUCCCAGCAAUGCACGCACCCGGGCCCCUUUCAAGCCCCGCUCUGCGGCCAAAGGCACUAGCAGCUACCAACUGCGACAGUUUGCCGAAGCUACACUUGGAAGUGGUAGCUUGCGCAAGGCUGUGAAGCUGCCCGAGGGCGAGGAUCUCAAUGAAUGGCUUGCUGUGAACAUUGUCGACUUCUACAACCAGAUCAAUCUGCUUUAUGGCUCAAUAACUGAAUUCUGCUCACCGCAGACAUGCCCAGAGAUGAAGGCGACAGAUGAAUUCGAGUAUCUCUGGCAAGAUUCAGAGAACUACAAGCGACCAACCAAGAUGUCUGCACCCGAAUACAUUGAGCACUUGAUGGCUUGGGUCCAAAGCAACGUUGAUAAUGAACAGAUGUUCCCCAGCCGAAUCGGUGUUCCCUUCCCGAAAACCUUCCCCAGUCUCCUGCGCCAGAUCUUCAAGCGUCUCUACCGAGUGUAUGCCCACAUUUACUGCCACCACUACCCAGUGGUUGUGCAUCUCGGUCUCGAGCCCCACCUCAACACCAGCUUCAAGCACUAUGUACUCUUCAUUGACGAACACAAGCUUGCCAGCGGAAAGGACUUCUGGGGUCCCCUGGGUGAUUUGGUGGACAGUAUGCUACGCAGCGAUUAG